UCAAUGUGCUGAAACCAAAGUUAGACUCCGAACAUGAACAAUUUCAUAAAGACGCAUUGUUCUCCAAAAAAACCCCAAGAGAAAUUCUACGACAGCUUUUUCCUGAUAAAUAUUCACACUACGUCUGCCUUCUUGCCGCCAAAAAAUCAGACGAUAUCUUCAAUGUAGAGCUGAUCGAUUUAGCCUUUCGCCUCAUCAUGGCCGACGUUCACCCGUUUGCCAAAGCUCUCAACAUAAGCGAUCAAGUGCUUACCCAUUACAGACGCAACCUUGGACCUCACAAUCUGAGGCAAGGCACUGUCAAGUUCAUGCAGGAGGUGAACACUGAUGACCGAUUGAAAAUGGCCAGGCACCUGAAACAGGCAGGUUAUUCUAAAGAGGCAAGGGCGAUCGUUUUUGGAUUUGAAAUCAGCUUUGGAGACGUGAUAGCAGUUGAGAAUCGAGUUGACAAGGCCAAACUGGCGAAACAACUGGGUGUUUCUGAUGACGUCCAUUCCACGGAUCCAGUCAACCAAGGAAAGGAUGAUACACUUCAUCAGUCUGUACUUCUUAGAUGGAGAGACACUGUUCGUUCUUCAACCUUCAACCAUCGCUUUGUAUUGGCCGAUGCUUUGUUCAGGAUGGAGGAGGAGCAACUCUCACUAGACAUCAUCUCAGGAAUGUAUAGAAAAAGAGUGAUAGACAACCCAGUGUCAGAAAGGCUAGCGGCUACCAUUCCGGAGACAGAAAUGCUUACACUGAGUAAAAUCCUGAACCAAAAGGUGAAGAAUGGACAAAAAUGCCAAGAUGUUAUAACCGCCUGGGUGGCUGAGAAGAAGUUAAUCAAUUUGUUUUCGAAGAGUCCUAAAGAAUUGAGCAACGAACUUCUUGGUGCAGGAUUCUAUGCCUUUGCGCAUGAGAUUAUGGCAGGUGCAUGGAAAGAAGACAAAAACACUGGACAGAAAAAAGAUGGAACUGGAACUGGGACGGCGGCCACUGAAGCGCCGCAUAAAGAAGGCACCCCCGUUAACGAGCACGGUGAGAAAGAGGAUAAAGAGGAAAAAGAGGGUAUGGAAAAAGCCCCAAAUGGUGGCACUCCCGUAGACAACACCAGUAAUGACGGCACAAGAAAUGGUAAAGUGGCGAAGAAAGAUUUAGAGCCAGCAGCACAAACUGAAGCCGACACUAGUGUGGAAGGGCCAAGUCAGAAUAGUGAGGACAAGAAAUCCUCGGGGAAAGAAGCUACGGACACUAAGAACGUGGAUGCUGAGAAAUCCAGAGAAGAUAAUCCUAGUACUAAGGAACAAGGUGCAAAGCAUGGGGCAAGUCAAAAUAGUGAGGAAAUAAAAUCCUCAGGGAAAGGAGCUACGGAUACCAAGGACGUGGAUGCUGAAAUAUCCAGAGAAGAAAAUGCUAGGACUAAGGAACAAGAUGCAAAGCGUGGAAAAGAAAACGACGGAGCUUCGGAGGAAGAAGCAAACAUCAAUAAAAAUAGUACCGAUGGAGAACAACUUAGUAUUGAUGAAGAUUGGUUUGUCGUUCCCAGGGAAGAUGUGAAGCUAGAGGAGAGCGGAGAUGUAGCUGCAGAAUCAACAGAGAACACCACUGAAGACGUUGACACGAAUGAGCAAGGCAACACACCAGACGAAUCGGACGAGCAUAGGAGAGAUGAAAGUUCCGAAACUCCUCUUCCAGCCACUGCUGAACUGGAUCAUUGGGGAAACCCCAUUGACAACAGUCAGUACAUGGACCCAACGGAGAUGUCGAGAUACAUGUAUCAGGCUAUGUGACUUCACAAUUCUUCAACUACAUAGAAUAAUAGAGUCACAAUGAGAGUGAGUGGAACAUGAGAGAUGAAAGUUCCAAAGUUUGUUUUCAAGACACUCUUAAAAUGGGCAAUUGGGGAAAAGAACCCAUAUUUGGUAAAAUACAUGUACUCAGAACAUGCAAGCAAUAGCGACUUCGAGAGGCCAUACUAUCAUUUAACUACGGAACUGAAAGAGAAAGAAAGAGAGAGAGAGAGAUAUAAUAUUGUUCUAUAUACUACACGCGGUAAAAAGGCAUCUGCAUUAUAUUUAAGAGUAAAUGUUAUAUGUUGUUAUUAAUUAGCUGCCUUCCAUUGGUAUUGUGUUAUAUUCAUAAUGACACAAGGAUCUUUAUUUUAAAAGAGACUUAUACUUACAUGUAAGACAUAUGUAUAUAAGACUUUGUUUAUACUUGUAUCUAACAUUUCUAUUAUGAUUAUGUAUCGUACUGUAAAAUAAAUAGUUCUACAAAUAAGUAUACAUGAAUAAAAACAAAGAAUGUAUUAUAUAUAGAUAGAUAUAUAGAUGGAAUAGAGCGUAAAGGGGUUCCUAUAUUUAGAAAUCUUAAAAAAUCUGUUGGUGCUCAAACUUAAGCCUUGUUUUCAUGUAAGCUUAUUUUGUUUAUCUCUUUUUUUUUUAAUUGUGCUAAAAUAUAUUGGAUUUUUAAGUGAGAAUUUGCCUUGUUUUCAAAUAUUUGUUUAACUUCAACAUGAUAUACGAACAAAAGGAUCUGGUAAUACACCACAAUUAAUACUUGUUAUUUAGUGUUUGAUUUUAACAUUUUGAAGUUCAGUUGUGUUUGAAAUUAAUUUAUGGAACGCCAUGUGUCAAAGUCUUCAUUUAGUGCACAUGUCUAAAGUACCUUAACAACUUAACCACAAGAAAGUCAUCGUGUUUAUUAAAUAAAGACAAACAACUCACCACGCUACAAAAUAAAGCCAUUCCUUAAGUUCAUUUACAGAAGGAUAUUGAAUGUUGCCAGGUGAUGCUGCAUUAUUGAGAAGACAGACAUCCCCCUCCCAUUCAGACGGGGUUUAAAGCUCGCCUAUAAAAGUUACCUCACUUCUAAAAACUUGUAUCUUACGUCACAUUCUGAUAGUGUAGAUCAGGUUGUAGUUUGAUGUAUGUAAUAUAUAGUCAAGUAUCAACAGUAUGUAUAUUAUACUUGUAUCUAACAUUUCUAUCAUGAUUUUGUAAUGUAUCGUGAAAUAGAGAGUUCUACAAAUAAGUAUAUUCAUGAAUAUAAUCAAAGACUUUAAUAUGUCAUUAUAUUCUGCUGCUGCCUGCCUAUAUAUAUAUAUAUAUAUAU